AAGAAGCUGCCUAGAGGCAGAGAGAGAAGGGAAGCAGAGCAGCAUGGUCUAGGCUCUCCGGGAGCAGCAGGGACCUGUGACAGACAAGCGUAGCCAGGUAACAGGCUGGCAAGGAGCACACUAGCAGGUUGGAGGAGAGGGAACUAGGCUCAAAAGUUUUCUGCCCUGUGUGUCCUCCUGCCGUGGAAUGAAAGCAAAGAAAGGCAUCCGUUCCACAGUCCCAUCAGAGGAUUAGACAUUUCAGGAGUCAACACAGUGAUCCCAGGGAUUCAGUGACCAUGAAGCUUGAGGAAAAGCUAGAGGAGAUUGGCCACAUUGGAGGAAGGAGGGGGCCUUGUCUCAGUGAGACGUGCCAGGCAGAUGCGAAGCUGAGAGCAAACAGAAAAGGGGACGGCCCUGCAAAGCAAGAGGCAAAUGGCAAGAGCACUGUGCCCAGGAGAAGUCUCAACACGUACACCUGGCAGGAGGUCCAGAGACACAACCAGGAGGGUGACCAGUGGCUGGUGAUCAACCGGAAGGUUUACGAUGUCACCAAGUGGGCGUCCAGGCAUCCAGGUGGGCACCGGGUCCUCAGCCACUAUGCUGGGGAAGAUGCCACGGAUGCCUUUAGGGCCAUGCACCUGGAUCUGGACAUUGUGAAGCUGUACCUUAAGCCUCUGCUUAUUGGAGAGCUCGCCUCAGGAGAGCCUAGCCAGGAGAGAAACAAAAAUCCCCAGCUGGUGGAAGAUUUUCAAGAACUUCGCAGGACGCUGGAGGCUAUGAACAUGUUUGAUGCCAACCUGGGCUUCUUCUUUGUCCACCUUGCUCAGAUCAUGGUUUUCGAAGCCCUGGCCUGGCUCAUCCUGUGUCAUUUUGGCAGCGGCUGGACUGUUACCAUCUUCAUUUCUUUCCUUCUCACAGUUUCACAGGCUCAGAGCUCGUUUUUGCAGCAUGACAUAGGACACCUUUCCAUGUUUAAGACGUCCAAGUGGAACCAUCUGAUGCAUAAACUCGUCAUGUGCCACCUCAAGGGCCUGUCUGCAAACUGGUGGAAUUACCGACACUUUCAACACCAUGUAAAGCCAAACAUCUACCCCAAAGAUCCAGAUAUUGACGUGGGCCCACUGUUUCUGCUUGGAGAUUCCCAACCUGUCAAGUACGGCAAGAAGAAAAUCAAAUACAUCAACUAUGAAAAGCAGCACCUGUACUUCUACAUGGUUGGGCUCCCCUUCCUCAUGCCUGGGUAUUUCAAUCUGCAAUCCAUGCAAGUGAUGUACCUUCGAAAGUACUGGGUGGACAUUGUGUUUGUCAGCAGCUUUUACAUUCGACAUUUCAUCACUUUUGGUCCUUUCUAUGGAAUUUUUGGAACCGUGUUGCUCAUAUAUUUGGUCAAGUUUCUUGAAAGUCCCUGGAUCGCAUAUGUUACCCAGAUGAGCCACAUACCAAUGAGAAUGAGCGAGGAGGAGAACCGAGACUGGCUCAGCACUCAGGUCUUGGCCACCUGUAAUAUUGAACAGUCUUUUUUCAAUGACUGGUUCACUGGACACCUGAACUUCCAAAUCGAGCACCAUCUUUUCCCCACCAUGCCGCGCCAUAAUUACCACAAAGUGGCCCCACUGGUGAGGUCGCUGUGUGCCAAACACGGGUUGCUGUAUGUGAAUAAGCCCAUGUUGACGGCGUUUGGAGAUAUCGUCAGGGCCUUGAAGAAAUCUGCAGCCCUCUGGAUGGACACUUACUAUGAGUGAUGUGGCUCCAUCCAGCCUGCUGUGUCUCUGAAGGGGGUUAGUGAAUGUGCAAGAGCUCUUCACUGUUUAACUGGGAAUUAACUGGCACCACCGGCAAACCUGUGUUUGCCAAGGACAUGAACACGAAGACACCUGACAAGCCCUCUUCCCUGAAGGUCUUCACAAGCAAGAAGCAGAAGAAACACAAUACAACCUCAGCUGGAAUGGCAAAGGGAAAUGGGCGCUUACUGUGUUUGCUUUUUCAUUAUGAUCUUGAAUGUAGUCUAUCAAUAUAUGGUCAGAUCACCUCAUUCAAGGGGCAUAAGUACAGAAAUCAGGUAAAACCUUCCCAGAGAAAAUGAACAUAGGAGGAAGUAGACCAAAGGAGACUCAUCUGAUAGAGUAUUUUGGAAAACAGUGCAGUUGCUCUUAGAAGAUAAUAAUUUAUUUAAGUGAUCCCUGUUGCACAAAUUUUCACAUUUCUUUUCAAUUAUGUGGACUUCUUUUUCUUGAAAAGUUGAUUGGCAUUAAAAUAUCUUCAAACAGGUCA